AUGGGAUCAAACAGCAGCAGGAUUGGUGAUCUUCCUAAAAAUGAGUACUUAAAAAAGUUAUCAGGCACAGAAUCUGUCUCUGAGAAUGACCCGUUCUGGAAUCAGCUUCUCUCAUUUUCUUUCCCUGCACCAACCAGCAGUACUGAUUUGAAGCUCUUGGAGGAGGCAACUAUUUCAGUUUGCAGGUCUUUAGUUGAAAACAAUCCUCGAACAGGAAACCUUGGUGCAUUGAUUAAGGUCUUCCUUUCUAGAACCAAAGAACUAAAACUUUCAGCAGAAUGUCGGAAUCACAUCUUCAUUUGGCAGACAAACAAUGCUUUGUUUAUUAUUUGCUAUUUGUUGAAAGUGUUUAUCUGUGAGAUGUCAGAAGAGGAAUUACAACUUCAUUUUACUUAUGAAGAAAAAUCUGGCAGUUACAGUUCUGACUCAGAAGAUCUUUUGGAAGAAUUAGUCUGCUGUUUGAUGCAGUUAAUCACUGAUAUUCCACUCAUAGACAUUACAUAUGAAAUAUCAGUAGAAGCUAUAUCAACAAUGAUUGUUUUCCUUUCCUGUCAACUAUAUCACAAGGAAGUUUUGCGACAGAGUAUCAGUCACAAGUAUUUGAUGCGAGGUCGAUGUCUUCCAUACACCAGCAAACUUGUGAAAACGUUAUUGUAUAACUUCAUCAGACAAGAAAAGCCACCUCCCCCAGGUGCCCAUGUUUUCUCUCAGCAAUCGGAUGGGGGAGGACUCCUGUAUGGACUUGCAUCAGGCGUAGCAAGUGGACUCUGGACUGUCUUCACCCUGGGCGGCGUGGGCAGCAAAGCGGCCAGCGCACCGGCCCUUGCUUCCCCGCUGGCCAACCAGAGUCUCCUGCUCCUGCUGGUGCUGGCCAAUCUGACCGAUGCGGCAGAUGCACCAAACCCCUACAGACAGGCCAUUAUGUCCUUCAAGAACACACAAGAUAACAGCCCCUUCCCCUCAUCAAUCCCACAUGCUUUCCAGAUUAAUUUUAACAGUUUGUACACGACUCUCUGUGAGCAGCAGACGUCUGAUCAGGCAACUCUCCUAUUGUAUACAUUGCUCCAUCAGAAUAGUAAUAUUAGGACGUACAUGUUGGCUCGCACGGAUAUGGAAAAUCUUGUUUUACCAAUUCUUGAGAUUCUGUAUCAUGUUGAAGAAAGAAACUCACACCACGUGUAUAUGGCUCUUAUAAUAUUGUUGAUCCUCACAGAAGACGAUGGCUUCAAUAGAUCCAUUCACGAAGUGAUAUUAAAAAAUAUUACUUGGUAUUCAGAACGGGUUUUAACAGAAAUUUCCCUGGGGAGUCUCCUAAUACUGGUUGUAAUAAGAACCAUUCAAUACAACAUGACAAGGACAAGAGACAAGUACCUUCACACAAAUUGUUUGGCAGCUUUAGCAAAUAUGUCGGCCCAGUUCCGUUCUCUCCAUCAGUAUGCUGCCCAGAGGAUCAUCAGUUUGUUUUCCUUGCUGUCUAAAAAACACAACAAAGUUCUGGAACAAGCUACACAGUCUUUGAGAGGUUCGCUAAGUUCCAAUGAUGUUCCUCUACCAGAUUAUGCACAAGACCUAAAUGUCAUCGAGGAAGUGAUCCGAAUGAUGUUAGAGAUCAUCAAUUCCUGCCUGACAACGUCUCUUCACCACAACCCAAACUUGGUGUAUGCACUGCUUUACAAACGAGAUCUCUUUGAGCAAUUCCGAACUCAUCCUUCUUUUCAGGAUAUAAUGCAAAAUAUUGAUCUGGUGAUCACCUUCUUCAGCACCAGGUUGCUACAGGCUGGCGCUGAGCUCUCGGUGGAACGUGUCCUGGAAAUCAUCAAGCAAGGAAUUGUUGCUCUGCCCAAAGACAGGCUGAAGAAGUUUCCGGAAUUAAAAUUCAAGUAUGUGGAAGAGGAGCAGCCCGAGGAGUUCUUCAUCCCCUAUGUCUGGUCGCUGGUGUACGGCUCGGCCGCCGGCCUGUACUGGAGCCCACAGGACAUCCAGCUGUUCACCAUGGACUCUGACUGA